CAUCUCGCAGAAGCCUCCAGAAAUCUCCCGCAGGGCCGCGUGGCUAUAAAAGCCCUCAGACCCCCGACCCCCGGCAGAGGCUUCACUUCAUCGGUCAAACUCCAACUGUAAACAAUGAACGACUCCAACAGUGUUUCAGACAAUAAGGCCAACAAGCCUGUAGGUUUCCGCUCGACGAAGGAGAUGUUUGAGAAAAUGGAGGAAUCCUUUAAAAUAUGCGCGCAGUGUGAGAGACUCCCGUCACAAGUAAAAGGCUCACUGAAGAGAUGCACUCGCUGUCUGAAUGUGUAUUACUGCAGUAAAGAGUGUCAGAAGAAAAACUGGCCUCAGCAUAAACACUACUGCAAUAAACUGCGCAUGGCGGCGGUGGACAGAUGCGUCGAGUGGCUCAUUUAUAAAGGAGACCUUCCUUUCCCUACGAAGGCGUGGUCUCGUCCUGCAAACAAAGUGAGCGGUUGGAAUGAUUGGUUGUCGAUGCAGGGAGAUCUGACGGCCCGUCUGGAGCCCAUCCUAUCAGGACAGAACAUGGCAGACCUCUGGACCAAUGGAUGCAGGCCGCGGCCGGACGAAGCAGAGCUUCGAGAGUCUGUGUGGAGAGUUUGCAGUGAAUUUCUUUCCAGGCCUCUUACUAUCGGAAUGGGGAUUCGGAUGUUUAAUUUAGAUCCAUAUUCACGGCCUCUGACUGUACAUGUUGUGGGAGCCGCUCAAAACGAGACCCUGGGAGCCCGAACCACAGAUCUGGACGAGCUCAGCCACAUGUUCCCGGGGCACCAGGGGCUGGAGGUGGUGAUGGUGGGGCCUGAGGUGGUCCAGGGGCCCAUCAUGAGGCCUCCUUUGAGGGCGUUCGGGCCCCGAGGACGAGUCUACAUCAGCGCCUACAAGGGCCUCUACCAUGAGUUCUGGGAGGAGAAAGUGGAGAAAGGAGAAGCUGCUAAACCUGAUCUGGUGGUGGGAUUUCAUCCAGGGUUUGAGGGACAGGAAGUGAGUCAGGAUUGGUUUCCGACGCUCUUGCUGUUACGAGAUUACAACAUCCCGACUUUAAUUACCAUGAUCAGUGAAGCGGAGCGUCAGAGUACUCUUCAUAUGUUCAUGGAGUUGGAAAUGUAUGUGAAAGACACCGGCUCGAACCCCUUCAGCUCUCUGAAACCUGAACAAAUACCGAAAAGCCCCAACAAAUCGCCCAUUUAUGCAAACGCUCACUACAUUUCUUUCCAAGGACUGCUGGAGAUUAAAGAGGAGGAAGAGCAACACUAAUACUGCAUAUUUUACAGUUUUCCUCAGUCGCUUUGGCACAUUUCUUAGAUCAAGAAUUGUCAAGACUACCUGUUCAAUCUUCACAUCAUUGUGCCACUUCUGCACACUGAAAAAGCAGUUUCUCAUUUCUUUGAACAAGUGGCAUAUGCUUUGGUACUACGAUUAUGUACAAUUAUCUACUGUUUCCUACAUUAUUGAAUGCUUAUGCCAUGUUGAUCAAAAUGUAUUAUAAUGGUUUCUGUCUGAAUAGUCUCACCCCCACAACAUUUAGGCAUUGUUUGAUCAAGGUGCAGCUGAACUCUGCAGAAAGGGAGAUCUCCUGGAACAGGUUUGGCCACUCCUGCUAUAAUCGCCAAGGUUAGAAAUCUAUGCAAAACCGAGCAAAUAAACUGAUAUAUCAAUUUGUCGUUUUAAA